AAAACAAUAUCAACAACAGGUAGAAUUUAAAAAGUUUAGUCUUUAAUCAAAUGCGUUAAGAUAGUUUUGUCGCCGUCUGCAUAUUGUUUACAAAGUGCGUAAUAAAAUGGCAGGUUCCAAAUUGAGUUUAGACGAUAGCGAGAGAUUUUCUUUAAUGAAGUUCCGAAGGAUUGUAUCGGAUGUCACAAAGCCUCAUCACGAUGACUAUUUUCUUGUACGAUGGCUACGUGCAAGGAGUUGGAAUGUCGAAGCUGCGGAGAAAAUGCUCAGAGAGUCCUUGCAGUGGAGGAAAUUUUGGGACGUCGAUGAAGGUCUAAAAACAUGGGAUCCACCGGAAGCGCUCGCACACUACUAUCCAAGCGGAAGCACCGGAAAUGACAAGGACGGUUCGCCCGUGAUCUUUGUGCCGUUUGCCGGUUUGGAUAUAAUUGGAAUUCUACAUUCGGCCUCGAAACAGGAUGUAGUAAGGAUGACGAUCAAAGUGUUGGAGUAUUAUUUAGACAUUGCGAAAACUAGCGGGGCCAAUAAUGUGGUCGUUGUUUUUGAUAUGGAUGCAUUUAAUUUAAAGCAUUACGCUUGGAGACCAGCUGCCGAAGUUGUUAUUUCUCUAUUGCAAAUGUACGAAGCUAAUUAUCCAGAGAUUCUCAAGUCAUGUUACAUUAUAAAUGCGCCCGCAGUAUUUGCAGUAGCAUUCUCAGUCGUAAAACGUUUCCUAAACGAUUACACACUAUCGAAAAUUUCAAUAUACAAAUCCGACCCAAAGAAAUGGCAGAAAGUGUUGAGAGAGCAAAUAAAUCCCGAGAUAUUGCCAAAAUAUUACGGCGGCGAUUUACUUGAUCCGGAUGGAGAUGAGAAAUGUUCAUCACAGAUACGGCAAGGCGGCAAGGUACCCGAAUCCUAUUAUACGAAUAAUUUUGAUCCAAGCGACGAUUCAACGGAUUUUAUUUCUACAGUUGUUAAAAAAGGUCGAAAGUUUACCUUAGACUUUAUUGUGGUGGAUCCUGGCUGUGCUCUGAAGUGGGAUUUCAGAACCGAAGCGCAUGAUAUCAGAUUUGGGAUUACAUACUGUGAUAAUGAUGGAAAUGAAAGUCCCGCCGUACGAUUUCAAAGGGUAGCUUCUCAUCAAGUGAACGAAGUUGGUGUGAUUGCGUGCCAGGCACCGGCGACCUAUCGAGUAGUGUUUGAUAACACAUACAGCUUAAUGCGCAACAAGAAACUGUUUUACAACAUUACGGUUACGGAUCCACUCGCUAACUUAAACAUCACCACCUUACCUGAAGAAAAUGUUCCAGACAAAAUUUGCAACGGUAAUAACAAUGUAGAUAAAACGUCAAUAGUCAAUUAAUGUUAUUAAUUAUACCUUUAUGUAGUUUUGAUAUGUGGGAAAUGGUGGGAGUAUGUUAAUGAUAGGCCAGAUGCAAUAUUAAAUGUACUUUUAAAAGUU